AUGGACGCCGUGCAGGCUCCCAACAUUGUCGCCCACAUCACCGAAAGGCUUCUGUAUCGCCGUUUGAUCGCUACCGGAGUUGACCCAGAAGAGUCGAUGAAGGUCAUGGCGUUUUGGAUGUGGCUUGAGGCGCAAGGCUUCAAAGAACUGGUGCGUAAGAUAUCCUCAAACAACGACAAAUUCUUGGCCUUGGUCGCCGACGAAGCUAUCGCCGUUUUGGCCACUCUGUUUCCCAGUCCCAGCAGCGCGCCAAUUUCGCACAAUCUCUGCCCCAUCACUUCCAUAUUUUCCGGCGCCCUCUCCAUCCACGACAUCUUCGGGAACAAAGAGACUGUCUCCGGAGGUGUCGCCGACGUUUACAACAGAGUUUGUCGCGCGCUUUUUAAGGAUGUGUUGGAAGAAAGAAGCGGAAAAGUGGAAGGUGAUGCAGUGAGUGUUGGAACGAAACUGAAUCCGUUUGCGAGGGAAUGGAGUCCGGCAAUAGAGCGUGUGCCGGAGGAAGAGAGGUGCUUGUUUCUGACUUUCUCCAAAGGGAAUCCUAUCACUGAGGACCAAAUCUUCAACUUCUUUAACCAAAAAUAUGGUCGAUGUGUGGAAAGGGUGUACGUACACUGGUCGGAUCCAAAUAAUCCGGCACUCUUCGGGAAAGUGGUGUUCAACAGGUGUUCCGUUCCAGCGAUUAUAAUGGGAAGACUUGAGCAAGCCAAAUUCACAGUCAAUUCAAAGCCGCUUUGGUGCAAGCGAUUUGAAGUAGAGAAGAAGGGUCUUUCUAAAAAGAAAUAA